UGGCAUUACAAACAUAUGAAUGUAAUUAAAUAUUCUAGUUGCUGUCACUUGACAGUUUAAUUUCGUUUUAAUUCGUGUUACGUUAAUUUCAAGUUUUAUUAAAUUUCUUUUCAAGAAAUGUGUUUAUCAUGGUUUCUGGAGAAGAUUGCUCAUGUACGGACGCAACAGAAUCUUCUAACAUAACAUCUCUGCAGACAGAAUCAACUUAUUCGGUUAAUGCCAAUGUUAAGGAACCUCUUUGUGAGCCUGUGAAUAGAGAGGACGAUCCUUUUCAACAACUUAACUGUAGGUAGACCAGGAAUUUAAUCAUUUAAACAGCUAGAAUUCAGGUAUAAAUAUCGCACUUAUUAAGUUAAAGACUGUAAAUGUCGAGAGAUACAUUCAGCUGUACACCACGGAGCAUCUCUAGAACCGUACAAGAAAGAUUCACCGAAAGAGAAGAGUUCGGUGGAGCCGUCUUCAAAUCCAUGUUUAUGUCACGGUCACAAGAUGUAAUACAAGUAUUUCCAUUCUAUUACGACAAUUAUUAAUUAACCACAUUUUUUACUUUCUAGCAGAACUUAUACUUUACCUUUGAAGUACAGAGAUGGUAAUCACAUCAGCCUCUUAAAUUAUUUAUCCUAUCACUAACAAGAUAAAUCACGACUAUUUUGGUGUCCCUUUAAGUGGAAGUGGCCAAGGAAGGAAUAUUUAGAAAGUAAAGACAAAUCAUACAAAGUGAAAUUAACACCAAAGAAAUGUCCCCAUUAUGCGGAGGUAGAUCACAAUAUACACAUCAAUAGAAUAACAUUCUUUUAUUUUUCCUUUUAUUCUUAAGUACGAACAUUAAAUAUAAAAAGUAUAUAAACAAUUGGUAUACUUAAUGCGGAUAACAACGCACUUCAUUUAGCCCUUCAUGUGCUGUGAAAUAUCAGAAGGGAUACCAAAUAAAAAGAAACACGAUGCGCCAGAAUCGGUCAAUACAGCACCAAAGACGGAAAAGAAAAAAGUGGAAGUAACUGAGAAAAUUGACAUCUAUUACUUCGAUCAUGGGAACUCUGCAUAUUAUCAAACGACGGAUUCACCGCCGAUAUUAGCGACCGAGAAAUGCGCCGAGAAAACCGACCAAGCAGCGACUCGCUUUUGGGCCGAGAUAUUUGGGACUAUUCAUAUCGGCACUGCUUUCAUCACAGCGUUUAUUCUACAAUUGGUUCGAUUUAUACUUUACAGUAUAAUCCGACCACUGACCGUGGGCAUCUUGCAAUUGUUGGCGGACUAUUUUAUAAAACCCCUAUUGUCGAUUGUGUUCAAUGCCCUGAUACAGCCUGUAUUGAUACUGUUAUACAAUAUUGCAACGUCUUUCAAGGAUCUUUGCGAGCCUAUCGCAGAAGCGAUAGGGCUGUUCCUACGGGAAAUUGCACACGUGUGUGCGGCGAUUCGAAUCGUCGAGGUGAAACAGGGUACCGCUCCCUCGGUUGCUUGCACUUGAUGAUCGAAUAGAAGAAAACGCGAAUUCUCAAUGACGAAGAAGGGAAUAAGGUGCCAAACUCAUAAUUCCUUCUUACGAUUCGUAAAAAAAUAGCACCAUGCAAAUGUUGGCUUAGGGAAGUUGCUUCGGAAUCUCUGUUUCCAAACUAUUUUAAUUCUAAAACCUUUCUACCCUGUACUGUAUCUGUUUUUCAUUGUUUAAGG